CACGCGAAAUGCGUGGCGCGGCGCGCGCGCGUGUUGUCGGAGAGCGUGGACGUGAACGUUCCUCAUGUGAAAUGUUUUAAAACAAAGAACUUGAGGUGGAACAGGAACUUGACGUUGUUGUGCUAUUUGUAUAGUUUGUGACAUAAUUUUUGACGAUGGAUACUACCUAUGAAAAUGUGUCUGUGCGGAUCGUGGAUGACAGUGGAACCACCAAGCCACAUAUCUCUGGCACCGCUAGCCUCUGCUUGAAUUACGAUCCAGCAGGUCUCAGUGCAAAAGUUGUUCAAGAUGGUCAAGUGCGGCUGGAAUUCCCUAUCUCGCGAACAACAGAUUUCUGCAAGGUCGGGAGGACCUCAUACAUGUUCUCCCUAAGCAGCGAUGCAUUUCUCAUAGUAUUUUCCAGUACACCAGAUUGUCAGAGGUUUCACCAGUACAUGCAAAAGUUUAAAGAUGGGCAAGCUGUGUCAGUGUUUUCUGAGAGGACAGAAGAAGCAUCAGCCACUCAGUACUUUCAGUUCUACAGCUACCUGUCACAGCAGCAGAACAUGAUGCAGGACUACAUCAGGACGGGCACCUACCAGCGGGCGAUCCUGUCAAACGGAGCCGAUUUCCUCGGCAAGGUCGUUCUCGAUGUCGGCGCCGGCUCUGGCAUCCUGUCGUUCUUCGCCGCCCAGGCGGGAGCGAGGAAAGUGUACGCCGUGGAGGCCAGCUCUAUGGCCGAGCAUGCCUCGAGACUGGUCGAGUCGAACAACCUGCAGCACGUGAUCCGCGUGAUCUCGGGGAAGAUCGAGGAGAUCGACCUCCCCGAGAAGGUGGACAUGAUCAUCUCGGAGCCGAUGGGCUACAUGCUCUACAACGAGCGCAUGCUGGAGACGUACCUCCACGGCAAGAAGUGGCUCAAACCCGGAGGUAAAAUGUUCCCUGGCCGGGGAGAUCUGCACAUCGCGCCGUUCCAGGACGAAGCGCUCUUCAUGGAACAGUUUGGAAAGUCGAACUUCUGGUACCAGAACAACUUCCACGGCGUGAACCUGACGGUGCUACAGGAGAAGGCGGCCGAGGAGUACUUUCGGCAGCCGAUUGUGGAUACGUUCGAUGUGCGCAUCUGCAUGGCCAAGUCGGUGCGGCACGUCCUAGACUUCGAGCGAGCCGACGAGCGGGAGCUGCAUCAGCUCGACAUCCCAGUCGAGUUCCACAUGCUGGAGACGGGCACGGUGCACGGCCUGGCUUUCUGGUUCGACGUGGCGUUCUGCGGCUCUCAGCAGACGGUGUGGCUGAGCACGGCGCCCACCGAGCCGCUGACACACUGGUACCAGGUGCGCUGCCUGCUUCGUGACCCUGUGGCCGUCAAGGAGGGACAGAUGCUCACCGGACGCGUCUUCAUGAACGCCAACCAGAGGCAGAGCUACGACGUCACGAUCACCCUCCAGAUCGAGGGUACGGGCGUGUGGAGUACAGUGACGCUGGACCUGAAGAACCCCUACUUCCGGUACACGGGCGGCCAGCCGCCGCCGCCGCCCGGUCACAACACGGCCAGUCCGAGCGAGCUCUACUGGUCGACGCUGGACGCCCAGGGAGCCCGGCAAGUGUCGUCGUAUAUGUUAUCGGACUAUUCUGACGUGGCUGUAUCCGCAGCAGUGAACAUGCUGAACGGCAUGACGGUCAACGGCCUGGGCGAAGUCGCCAUGGACAUGUCGGGAUCGCAGCAUCCACUCGUCGUAGAGGGCCUGGUGAACCAGGCUGCCAUCCACCCGGGCUCGAUCCCGGCCGCCCAGGUGAACGCGGUCGUCUCGUCGGCGUCCGGCGGCGCGCCCAAGCGCUCCGUGGCUCCCACUAUGUCGUCGGCGAGUCACCUGAUCGGCGGCGCGCCCAGCCCGGCGCUCAUGUCGCAAAGCCGGCCGUUCGGCGGCGUCAGCAGCUCGCUGAUGAUCGGCGACUACAUGGCGCCGCCCGGACCGUUCCCGCCGGCCGCCAGCAGUCAGCCGUACAAGCCCUGAACGGCCGCCGCGGCUUCCGUGAAGCUGGCAGCGACCGGAGGUCUGCGAGCCUCGGGCCCCGACUGCAGGACCCUGGAGGUCUGGACAAUGAACUGGGCACCGGGCCCUCGACUGGACCCCGCGCCCCUGGAACCCGCUCGAUCCCAGCACUGUACAGAUAAUGGCUCGGAUGCGAGUGUGUCCCCUCGCGCGGAGCUCCUGUCCCUUGAUUGGAGGCUGCUUCACGGUCGCGGUCGUUGACGGUGAUGCUUUUCGUGACCUGACCUGACACGAUCCCCACCCUGGGAUGUUCAGAUCCCAACUGUAAGGUGACUGCGCCGGGAUCUGCCGCUGUCGCCGGCCGCUGUCGCAGAUCGGUCGGCGCAUCCGUCCCCUCCCCCGUCGCCCGCGCGUCCCACACCCGCCCGCCGCGCCCGCGCGCGUUCAUCGGAUGCUUACGACAUGUGUUCUGCAACGCUCAUGCGAUUGUCGGCGGCUACAUAUUCGUCUCCUGUACAAUUCUCAUCGUUUUCAGCGGGUAGUGCGCGUAUUGUGCGUGCAUACUGCGUGCCCCCCCGGGUACUCUGUGUUCACUGUACUCUGUGGUGACUUGGGUCGAAUACAGGCUGUCGGUAGGUG